AUGUCGGACAAGUACAGAGCACAGUUCGCAGAAGAUAGUGCUACAAAAGUCAAGUCUCUGCACGACGCUGAAAUCAAAUGGCGUCCCCGUCCUCCGAUUUGCCCACUCGACGAGGAGAUCGACGCUGAGUUGCGAUCUAUACAGAACGCAUAUGGGCGAGUCUCACAACCACAACACUACCAAUCUGGCUCACCUAGUCCUCAGCACGACGGAAUGUCCAUGUUCUCUGGGAAUGAACCCCCUCUUCUCUUGAGGGUCUGGAAAGAGACGUUUGAAUCAAAGGAAAGGCGGCUUGCUGAAGAGAAUGAGGAGCGCCAAAGGAAGGGUGCUGAGAAGAGGGUAAAGCGCGAUGAAGACGAGAGGAAGGAGAAGGAGAGGUCGUUUCCUUCAGUCGUUGCAACUGCCCGUGUUAUUGAGGAUAUCAAUUGCAUCUCGUAUCCUGACGGCGUCAGAAGACCGAAAGUCGAGUUGAAUGUAAAUGCUCGACAUGGCAAGUUUAGAUACGACCGAGAUUUCCUGAUGCAAUUCAUGGCUAUUUGCAAGGAGAAGCCUAAUUUUUCUUUCCCCUUGGACGCUUUGAAUCUUACACCCGUCGGUCAAGCCUCUUUGAUACGCCAUAGAGGCUCUGGCCAUCACCCUUUAGCGGUUUUGCCUUCUACUUUGACGAGCAUACGCUUCAAUGGUGCCCAACCAUUCACUCACGACGCAAGUCAAGAUGGUUUGAUAACCAAAAUACGCACGCGCACGCGCGCAAAACGUGGCAAGGUGGAUCUCAAGCCCGUCGCGCCUCUACAGGUGUCUGCAAAUCGAUGGCAACCUAAGUGUCUUGGAAAGAGACUCCAGCAGGUCGAUACCGAUUUCCCAGAGAUUGUGAUGGGGAAGGUCAAGGCUUUGCUCAACAAACUCACUAUGAAGCGUUUUGAUUCUAUCUCAAAUCAAAUCAUUGCUUGGAUGAACAGAUCAGAGCAGGAGAAAAACGGGCGUAUUAUCAUGCGGGUCGUUCGACUGGUGUUCGACAUGGCGACCUCGGACGAGGCUAUGUGGCACGAGAUGUAUGCACGCCUGUGUCGGAAGAUAAUGGAGCAGAUAAGCCCCAGGAUUCAGGAUGACGACACUGAGAACACUAAAGAAAGGCCUAUCGUAGGUGGCCAGCUCUUGAAGAUAUACCUGCUCGAUCGGUGUAAAGACGACUUCGAGAGAGCAUUGAUUGCGAAACCGGCGACGGUCUCCACAGCUGUAGCGAGGCCUCCUGAGGAUGAAACUGCAAAGGCGGGCGCUGAGAAGGGUACGGAUGAGAAUAUCUUGUAUUCGGGAUGGGACGGAUACCACGCUUAUGGUGCACAAAAGGCGAAACAAGGUCUCAGUUUCAUCAAAUUCAUCUGUGAGCUAUUCAAGCUGCAAGUACUCACAGAGUGUAUCAUGCAUGAAUGUGUCAAGAAGCUGCUCACCAAUGUCGGGAACCUAGAAGAGGAGGGAAUUGAAAGCUUGUGCAAACUCCUGGCUUCUGUUGGCCAGAUACUCGAUACGCAAAAGGCCCGCGCGCACAUGGAUGUGUAUUUCUCGUGCAUGAAGGAGCUUAACAAGAGCCUGAAGGAUAUCGUUGAGUUGCGCGAGCGUGAGUGGGUGCCACGCAAUCAAGUAGCUGCACGCACUAUGACCGCCGCUGUUGACGAAGCUGCUGCGAAGGGGAAAGCCGCUCAUGAGACCGCGACCGUGUCUCGCGGCGGUUCAAGGCUUGCUAGAAAUCGAGGCGAUCAAACUCAGAUUAGUCCAGACGGAUGGGUUGUUGCAAGUGGAUCUUUGCCAAGACCACCUCCAAAGGCCGGAGACCUGUCUAACUUUGGGAAUAUUAGCAAGACGAUGUCUUUGAGGCUUGGUCCCACGAGCAAUUUCCAAAGUAGGGAGCAGAUUAAGAGUCGCGAUAAUACGACCUUGCGUGGCGGCUUGUCGAACACGACCUCAGCGCUUGUGGAGGAAUCUGAGCUUUCUAAGGAUGUCGCAUCAUUGAAAUCCGGCCGAUCACAAAGCCGAAGAGCUAGCGGUGAAAAGUUGAAACACCCUCGUCGGUCGUUGUCGAAGGCAAGUGGGGUCAAGGGGGACUCGACACCUGCUGCAUUAAAAGCUAGACGAUCGGACAAUGGUGAUGCUGCUGCUGCGCUAUCAAUAUCAUGGCUAUGA